GUGCGUGUGUCAGGUAUCGAACACGUGAACAGACGCGAGGGAAGGACGUGGCUUUGAGGACUAAAGUCGCACGCCGCGGAGGUUGACGGUCGCCGCCUUGUCGGCGACGAUGGCAACCUUCAUCCAUCUUUGAUCGAGGAGAGGAAAGGAAAGGACGCGUCGGGAAGGAAAGGAGGGAGGAUGAAGGGAGUGAGAGUCUAAAGCUGGCGUCUGCUGCUGCAGGAAUCAUGACGUCUCAAGAGGAGGCUUCGUCCUUCCGCAGGUUUUUCCGCUAUGUAGAGGACAGCUGCCUUCGAGCGUACGACGAUCUCGUCAUCCAGAACGCAUCGGACAUUUCCCGAGAGAGCGACCGCAUUCGCAACAAGACCAACUGGACUUACUUGCAGGAAAAAAAACAGAAGAAGCGGCAAGGAGAAGAAAUCAAACGGACCGAUGAAGAGGUUGCUGGUACAACAGAGACCACGCACUCGGGGAAACAUUUCCGAAUGGGUUUCAUGACCAUGCCGGCGCCACAGGACCGCCUGCCGACUCCAGGCCAGGGUUUCAGUGUUCGCUCGCAGUCCCUCAACUCGGUGGGCGGUGACGACGACGCCAACAACCGAAAACAACCGCCGCCCAAACCUAAGCGGGAUCCCAACACCAAACUCAGCAGCAGCUCCGAGGCCCUUAACGGAGUCGCCAUGACAGAAACUCAGGAGCAAGACGAAGCUCACUUCCAUUCGGGCUCUGAGGACUACAAGAGGACGCCUCCUCCCAAACCCAGACGGAACCCAAACACACAGCUGAGCUCGUCCUUUGAUGACACCUAUGUGGGUACUCAUGUUGGCCACAAAAGGGCUCCCUUGCAGUGGGACAAGUCGUCCUCGCCGAGCCAGCAUUCGGCUUCUGGAAACGACGCCGAGUCGGUUUACAUCGAAAUGAUGGGGAAUGUUCUGCGAGAGUUGAAGAGCCAAGAGGCGGCGGACGACGAGCAAAACGAAUCUGUGUAUGAGGAAAUGAAGUACCCGGCUUCGGAGGACUCGGCCGUAGACUCAGAUUCCUGUGUGUCGAGUCACUCUGGCUCUCUGUGCCACAUCCCGCAACCUUUCCCCAACCUCUUGACGCACCGGCCGCCGUUGCUGGUGUUCCCCGCAGCCCCCGCUCAAUGUUCCCCCAAUUCGGACGAAUCCCCCCUGACCCCGGUUGACGUCACCCAACUGUCUAUGUUGGAAAAGACCACUUCCAGCAAGUCAGGCGAACACUCCAGAAGUUCAAAAACCAGCGAAGACGAUCGUCCCUCCACUUCCACCAUAACUUCUUCAGGCCGAUCUUCCGCCCCACCGCUUGCGUCCAACGUCUACAAGUCCUCUAGCUCCUCCUAUAAUGGUUACGGGUACCCCCGAAGCCAAUCGGCAUGCCCCUCCCCUGUGAGCAUAGCUCGCUCCUUAACUCCGCUCAACGUGAAGAGGCCACCGCCCUACGAUGCCUUGAUGGCGGGAGUCAAUUUGCCCGUUUCGUCCCCGGUAUCAACACGGUCCCAAGAGGGUGGGGUAACGCACAAGAACUCGUCUCCCUACAGCUCCAUGCAAAACCUGUCGGCGAGGUUGCAGACACCAACCAGUCCGACGGACGAGUCCACCAACACCUCAUAUUCCUCUGGUAAACAGGUGGCCAGAAAGGGCUCAGGCAGCAGGAGAAGCAGGCAACGUGAAGGUGAGUCCAGGUCAGUCAGACCGGAGUGUAAGGACAGAGACAGUAACGGACGGUUCAGUCCAGUUUCCAGUCGGAUGGGGAGAUCUUCCGUUAGCCCGACUUUGAUGUUUGCAGGAUCGGGAGAAUCCAAGUGUGUGAGUAAACUGGGUCGCUCAGCAUCAACAUCAGGUGUGUCUUCACCUGGUUCCAUGCCACAUCAUCCCGCCCUCAGCCAGAUGCCGUGGCUGUGUGGCGACACCACCAUGAUGGAGAUGAUCGAGAAGAAACGAGUUCUGUGUUGCGAGAUCAAGCGGCGCCAGCGACCCGAGAAGAACCUCAGCAAACAGGACAGCAUGCCCAUCCUGCCCAGCUGGAAGAGGAAACAGCCACCGCCAUAUUUAGCCCCGCCCACUGCUGCCAGCCAAUCGUCUGCAGUGGCGUGGGACACCUCCAUCUGAGCACGUGCAAGGUUUUCGCUUUGUUGCACUUUACAAGAAAUUGAUAGUGGAACCUGCUUAUGGCAACAACUCAAACGACUGCUUAAGUCUACCUACAUGGUCCACCCAAAGUACUGUCCCCAGCACCAUCACAUAUGGACAGUGACUUCCUGUUCAGCACAAAAUAAAAGCACGGCAGCAUUAACUUGAAAUUUGCACAGAUUGAUCUACCGGUAUUCAGACCGGGGGUUCCCGAACUUUUUAAGUCAGGGGCCACAUUAGGUUAAACAAAUUUCACACACACACGUUUCCCCCCCUUAUAUAUACACACAUAUACCCCCACACACCACACCCACACGUAUACCGCCCCACCCCACACAUAUAUACACACCCACACAUGUAUACCGCCCACUAGUGCUGGGCAAUAUGGAAAAAAAUGUAUAUCACGAUAUGGAUCAUUUUAUAUCACGAUAACAAUAUAGCUAUGGUACGCUUUCAGUUCUAUGAAAAAUUUUACUUACAUGACCACUCGCCUUAUUUCUCACUUUAUUUGCAAGUGAAAUAAACAAAUACAUUUGGUAUAGCAAACAAUAGCAACAAAACACAUUUUAAGUUUUUAAAAGACAUUACGUUUUUUUUAAAGUUUUACAAGUACCGUAUUUUUCGGAGUAUAAGUCGCACUGGAGUAUAAGUCGCAUUUUUUGUGAAAAUGUAUUUGAUAAAAGCCAACACCAAGAAUAGACAUUUGAAAGGCAAUUUAAAAUAAAUAAAGAAUAGUGAACAACAGGCUGAAUAAGUGUAUGUUAUAUGAGGCAUAAAUAACCAACUGGUAUGUUAACGUAACAUAUUAUGGUAAGAGUCAUUCAAAUAACUAUAACAUAUAGAACAUGCUAUACGUUUACCAAACAAUCUGUCACUCCUAAUCGCUAAAUCCCAUGAAAUCUUAUACGUCUAGUCUCUUACGUGAAUGAGCUAAAUAAUAUUUGAUAUUCUACGCUAAUGUGUUAAUUUCACACAUAAGUCGCUCCUGAGUAUAAGUCGCACCUCCGGCCUAACUAUGAAAAAAAACUGCGACUUAUAGUCCGAAAAAUACGGUAUUCAAGUUUCUCUGAAGUGCAGUCAGAACGCUAGAGCAUAACUAAAAAUAAACAAAUAUUUUUGGUAUCAGAUGUAAACAAUUGCAAUAAAAAAAAUCUGGAAUCAUUAACGUUAGCCUUUAGUGCAGUCAGAACAGUAGUAGAUCACAAUGAAAUUUAAACAAAAUACUUUUAGUUUAUCAAGUGUAAACAGCUGGUCUCUGGAAUCAUUAACCUUUAGCGCAAGUCCGUUUUCUGCUCUGAAUCCAUCGCUUUGAAACCAAAAAGCUAGACUGACGAGCUACCCCCUCGUUUGGGUCGGGGUUCGUCCUGGGACUCAGUCUUUGCUGAUUGUGGGGGUUCAAUUUCUUUUUCCGCCAGCACAUCGCCUAUCCUUCCUGUCUCCAUGUUUACUUACAAUGAUCCCCUCAUGUGUGUAACCCAGGUAACAGGCUGGACACAGAGGGCACGUAAAGUAAAGCGGCGUCAUGUCGCAAAAACGAAAGAGAAAUGCGAGCUUGCAUGUCAACGCAUCCUUUUCUUUGUAAGAAAAUAUUGUUUUCUCUCCCGUUUGACACUAAAUUAGAGUGUCCGCCUUGAGAUCGGUAGGUUGUGAGUUCAAACCCCGGCCGAGUCAUACCAAAGACUAUAAAAAUGGGACCCAUUACCUCCCUACUUGGCACUCAGCAUCAAGGUUUGGAAUUGGGGGUUAAAUCACCAAAAAAGAUUCCCAGGUGCGACCACUGCUGCUGCUCACUGCUCCCCUCACCUCCCAGGGGGUGAUCAAGGGUGAUGAGUCAAAUGCAGAGAAUAAUUUCGCCACACCUAGUGUGUGUGAGACAAUCAUUGGUACUUUAACUUUAAUACACUUACUGAAUGUGCAAUUAUUGUUGCUGCUACUAUGAAUCAUCUAAAUGGCCCUAUGGGUAAAAUACAGCCCAUCACUUGAAACAAUAAAAAUUUAAAUGGCACGAUAGACAUUUUUCUAUCGUGCCCACAAUAUGUACCAGCACUACCCCCCACACACACCCGCAUGUAUAUACUAACACCCUCAAACACGUACACACACAAAUGUAAAAUAAUCUUUGCCUCUAUGGCGGAAAAACUGUUUAACAAGUAUCAUUAUCACUGGAGGAUGAGUAAUAGCUAAAUAUGCUACAAUGUACAUUGUAGGAGGAUAUGCUAAACGCUAUGCGAGUGGUCUUAAAUUUAAACCUGGGUGGGCAGCUCGAUAUAAAUACAGUAACAAUAGUUAGUAUCAGGGUUUAGUUGAUAGUGAUUAGAUUAAAAAAAUAAAAAUAUUUUGUUAUCGUUUAUAAACUCAGGAAAUUAUUCCCUGCACACUGGAGGACUUCAGGGGCAAAAACCAAAGGAUUUAAAUCAGAGCCAAUAGUAGGAAAUUAUAAUAUUGUUACACCACCAUUCUGUGUGCGAGUCUGAUUCUAAUUGGGACCACAAAUGAAGUCAUUCAAUGAUAUUGGAAAAAGUAUCAGCAUCGGUAUAGUCGAUACUGGUCCGGUAACUACUUGGUAUUGGAUACAAACACACACCUUUGUAGUGUUGCCCUAAACAUAUGUCAAGUAUCCAAAGACAAGAAUAAGUGCUGAUUACAUGAGAACAUGUUACAACAGGAAGUAAGCCGAUAUUAACAGGAACAAGUACAUUCAUUUUGAGAAAAUAAAACAGCAAAUGAUAUUACUGCAUAUGCCAGCAGCUGAAUUAGGUGCCUUUGCAACUAGAGAUAUCCGAUAAUAUCGGCAUGCCGAUAUUAUCAGACAAGCCGAUAAAUGCUUUAAAAUGUAAUAUCGGAAAUUAUCGGUAUCGGGUUUUUUUUAUCAGUAUCGGCUGUUUUUAUUAUUAUUUAUUUUUUAUUUUUAUUAAAUCAACUUAAAAAAACAUAAGAUACACUUACAAUUAGUACACCAACCCAAAAAACCUCCCUCCCCCAUUUACACUCAUUCACACAAAAGGGUUGUUUCUUUCUGUUAUUAAUAUUGUGGUUCCUACAUUAUAUAUCAAUACAGUCUGCAAGGGAUACAGUCCGUAAGCACACAUGAUUGUGCGUGCUGCUGGUCCACUAAUAGUACUAACCUUUAACACUUAAUUUUACUCAUUUUCAUUAAUUACUAGUUUCUAUGUAACUGUUUUUAUAUUGUUUUACUUUUUUAUUCAAGAAAAUGUUUAAUUUAUUUAUCUUAUUUUAUAAUUUUUAAAAAAAAAGGACCUUAUCUUCACCAUACCUGGUUGUCCAAAUUAGGCAUAAUAAUGUGUUAAUUCCACGACUGUAUAUAUCGGUAUCGGUUGAUAGGUAAUUAAGAGUUGGACAAUAUCAGAAUAUCGGCAAAAAGCCAUUAUCGGACAUCCCUAUUUGCAACCAAUUUUGAAAUGAUUUGAUAAUGACAAAAAGUGUGGUUAUUGCAGGAGGUUACAAUAUAUAUGCUAUAUAAUUUAGACUUAAAGACACCGCUCAUCCCUACAGUAAAAUGAGCAGCAGUUAAAUGUAAGAGUAUACAAUAUUGUCAUGUCAGCAGAAUGAAGAGGCACACAUGGCGUCUACAAAAGUGUAAACCUUGCAGCAAAACACUAAACGCUUCGACGCAGCACACCAACUCUUCUUAGUGUGUCUCUACCGAGCAGACAAACACCGGCGCCCCCUACAGCCCUAUUACUGAAUCACAGCUGACAAAAGGACAAGACUAUAGAACUGUGCAAGCCAUGCUUAGUUUCACUUUCAAUUGUGCAGACAAGCGCUGUCAGCCCGUUUGAGGGAGUGUCGACAUAAGCGGGUUCCACUUUAGUGAACAAUGAUGCACUUUGCAGCACACUGGAGUGAAAAGUAGAAGAAAAAAAAACGUAGAAACACAAAAGAAAUCAAAUGUCAUAAAUUUAAAUCCUAUUUUCUUACACUGAUGUCGAGCCAAUUUCAUGAAGUGAGAGGUAAAGGUGAUAGAGUAGAUGACAUCCAGGUACAGCAACUCCUCUCAGGACACUCCAAUGGUACAGGGUGACCCAAAGAAAUGCAUUUCAGCCUACAUGUUCCAACUUCUGUGUACGAUCCUUCCCCAAAGUGUCAAUCAUCCUGCUCACUUUGCAGAAGUCACCUUCUUUACAGACUAUAUGCUCGAAGGACAGGAAUAUUCGCACACAUCAGGGUUUCCUCCACUUAUAAUUGCGGCGACCUGUCACAGCAAAAUAAAAGCCGCCUCACCUUAAAAAUUACCGUGAAUUCCGGACUAUUAAACGCUAUUUUUUUUCUUACACUUUGAACCCUGCGGCUUAUAAGACGGUGCGGGUAAUUCAUGGAUUUUUCUCCGAUAACGGCCAUAAUAGUAAAAAAAAAAAAAACCAAGCAAAUACACCUAAAACAUGUUUUCAUGGUCGUGCUAUGGCGCCAUCUUAUGGACGAGUUUGCUCACUGCAUGUAUCCGUCCAUUCACGGGUAGUGCUUUUUUUUUUUUUUUUUUUUUAAACUGGAGUGCUGUGUUGGUCUUCCAGCCAUGCAUAGCGUUUCUACUCAUAUGGAUUGUCAUUCACCACUCCAAGCAACAUUUUCAAGUUUUACAAUAUAACUAAAACUGUUCAUACUUAAA